UGGGUGGAGCUGUGCACAGCAGAGUUAGGGGAGGGCAGGGUGGAGUCACUGGUACAGAUUUGGGGAGGGCUGGGAGAGGUGUGUGUGCUGCAGGAAGUGAGGGCACGCCGCAGUCAGGUGUCUUCUAACAUGCAGACUCCAGACUCCCCCGAUGGCUGCUUCCUGCCUGAACACCUGGACGCAGCAGCCCUAGAGUUGGACGUUGAUGAGCUGGAUGCUGGAGAUGAUGAAGCUUUCUUGACAGUCUAUGAUCUGAAGCCACUAAAGAACCAAGGGUCUGUUUUCCUGAAAGGUGUCUCCGUGACUGCAAAUAUAUUACAGACCGAGCGUUAUACCAGCGGCUCCAAGGUUCGGACCAGCACUUUAUAUUCUGUAGCCCUGACACACGGCCCGUUUCAAUGGAUCAUUAAAAAGAAGUUCAAACAUUUUCAGGAGCUUCACCGUGAUCUUCUAAGACACAAAAUAUUUGUCUCCCUCCUUCCCCUGAACCCACUCUCUCGGUUUAAUGUGACUCGGUCACGAGCUGAAACCACCUCCGAAGAAAUGCCCUCCCUGCCUCAUGCUUCUGGAGAGUCGUCACGAAGGACCCCAAGUAAACAGAAAUACCUUGCAGACUACCUCAAUGCGCUACUGGCCAAGGCCUUCUACCGAAACUACCAUGCUAUGAGGGAGUUUCUGGAGGUCAGUCAGUUCUCCUUCAUUACAGACCUUGGGAUUAAAGGAUUGGAAGGUUUCAUACUUAAGAGAUCCGGUGGUCAUCAAGUUCAAGGUAUCAAUUGCUUCGGCCAUCACAGAAUCUGUUACCGUUGGUCAAAAAGGUGGUUUGUGGUAAAAGACUCCUUUCUUCUCUACAUAAAACCGGACUCUGGAGAAAUCUCCUUUGUUCUUCUCUUUGAUCCUUUAUUUAAAACGGAGAUUGGCAAAAAAGCAACGGAGACUAAAUACGGGGUCAGUGUACAGAGCUAUCAACGGACGCUGAACCUGAAGUUCAGUGGGUAUCGUCAGGCUCGCUGGUGGACGCAGCAGAUCACCCAGAUUGCUGAGGAUCAGGGGAAGGACUUCCUGAGUCUUCAUCGGUUUGAUGCUCAUGCACCGGUGAGGCAUAAAACCCAAGUGAAGUGGUUUGUUAAUGGCUCCACUUAUUUUGCUGCAGUUGCUGAUGCCCUGCUGCAGGCUCGAGAGGAGAUCUUCAUCACUGACUGGUGGCUCAGCCCAGAAAUCCACCUGAAGCGCCCAGCGUUUGAUGACCAGUUUAGACUGGACAUUAUCCUGAAACAUAAGGCGGAGGCUGGGGUAAAAGUUUGUGUCAUACUCUUUAAGGAGAUGGAAAUGGCUCUCGGUAUUAACAGUGGGUACAGCAAACGCGCGUUAAUGCUUCUGCACCCCAAUAUUAAGGUGAUGCGUCACCCCGAUCACUUGUCUUCCAUAGUCUUCCUCUGGGCUCACCAUGAGAAGAUGGUGGCCAUUGACCAGUCUGUUGUGUUUCUGGGUGGUUUAGACUUGGCCUAUGGCCGAUGGGAUGAUCAUGACUAUCGACUGACUGAUGCACGAUCUACGGAGAUGCAGCAACAGAAAGCAACCUCAUCUGCCGAACAUCCUACAGAGGAACCCUCUAUGGAAUGCCAGACCUGGAUGGGCAAAGACUACAGUAACCUCAUCCUCAGAGACUGGGUACAACUGGACAAACCGUUCGAGGAUUUUAUUGAUCGCAUGAAAAAUCCCCGAAUGCCGUGGCGGGACGUGGGUGCUGUGAUUCAUGGUAAAGCAGCUAGAGAUGCCUCCAGACACUUCAUCCAGAGGUGGAACUUUAACAAGACAAGAAAAUAUAAUGGGCCGGAGUAUCCAUAUUUGCUUCCCAAGUCUCUUUCUACGGCAGAGCGGUAUAAUUACACAGUACCAGGAUGUUGCAGUGCCAGUGUACAGGUGCUGCGGUCAGUCGAUCGCUGGUCAGCCGGAUGUAAUGAAUGCUCCAUCCUCAAUGCUUACCUGGACUGUAUAUCCCACGCUGAGCACUACGUGUACAUAGAGAACCAGUUUUUCAUCAGUUCUACAGAUGGAAGAAUAAUCCAGAACAUGAUAGCGGACGCCAUCGUACAGAGGAUAUGCCACGCUCACAAGGAAGGCAAAAAAUUCCGGGUCUUCAUUGUGAUCCCUCUGUUACCUGGCUUUGAGGGCAAUAUUGAGUUGGGAGGUGGAAACUCCAUCCAGGCCAUCCUGCACUUUACAUUCAGUUCUAUUUGCCGUGGAGAUAAUUCUAUAAUUUAUCGUUUGAAGGAAGAAAUGGGAGACGUCUGGCGCCAGUACCUGUCAGUGUGUGGCCUGCGGACACAUGGGGAGAUGCCGGAUGGGUCUCUGGUCACAGAACUCGUUUACAUACACAGCAAAAUGCUGAUUGUGGAUGACCGAAAAGUCAUCAUAGGCUCGGCUAAUAUCAAUGACAGGAGCAUGCUGGGAAAGAGGGACAGUGAACUGGCCAUCAUGGUGGAAGAUACAGAAUAUCAGCAGUCCUUUAUGGAUGGGGAGCCAUACCAGGCGGGAAAAUAUGCACUCAGCCUGCGCAUGGACUGUUUUAAUACUCUCCUGGGUGCACAGAAGCCACCGUGUCUGGAUGUCUCCGAUCCAAUAUCCGAUGAGUUCUUUAGUAAUGUCUGGAAUCAGAUAGCACUGAAUAAUACCGCACUUUAUGAUCAGGUGUUUCGAUGUCUUCCGACCAACGGUGUGCCAAGUCAUCGAGUACGGCAGACUUACACCUGCGUACCCCAUCUGGCAAAUACUGAUCCCAUCCUCUCCCGGGAGAUGUUGGCUAGGGUGAGGGGACAUCUGGUGGAGUUCCCUUUGUACUUUCUGGCUGAAGAGUAUCUUCUGCCUCCUCUCAAUAGCAAAGAAGGGGUGAUCCCUACCGAAGUCUGGACGUGACCUAACCAGAGAGAGGCUCUGCAUCAUUUUUCACAUCUCGGACAAUAAUACAGAAGAUCUGUUCGAUCUACAGAACUAUCAGUCAGUGUGCGACCAUGAUCCCUUCUGAGUUCUCUCAAGAAAACCCAAAUGUCGGUGUAACAACACCAACCAGAUCACCACUGUGCACAUACACAGGAUCACCCCUCUGUUUACACAGUUACCUGAUCGUGUCACUGCUCUGCAUACUCUGUAUGCCCAAUAGAUCACUGGUCUGUGUACACCAUACCCCCAAGAGAUUACUGCUCUGUGUACACCAUACCCCAAAGAGAUCACCUCUGUGUACACCAUAUCCCCAAGAGAUCACUGCUCUGUGUACACCAUACCCCUAAGAGAUCGCUGCUCUGUGUACACCAUAUCCCCAAGAGAUUACUGCUCUGUGUACACCAUACCCCCAAGAGAUCACUGCUCUGUAUACACCAUAUCCCCAAGAGAUCACUGCUCUGUGUACACCAUAUCCCCAAGAGAUCACUGCUCUGUGUACACCAUAUCCCCAAGAGAUCACUGCUCUGUGUACACCAUACCCCCAAGAGAUUACUGCUCUGUGUACACCAUAUCCCCAAGAGAUCACUGCUCUGUGUACACCAUAUCCCCAAGAGAUCACUGCUCUGUGUACACCAUAUCCCCAAGAGAUCACUGCUCUGUGUACACCAUAUCCCCGAGAGAUCACUGCUCUGUGUACACCAUACCCCCGAGAGAUUACUGCUCUGUGUACACCAUACCCCCGAGAGAUUACUGCUCUGUGUACACCAUACCCCCGAGAGAUUACUGCUCUGUGUACACCAUACCCCCGAGAGAUCACUGCUCUGUGUACACCAUACCCCCGAGAGAUCACUGCUCUGUGUACACCAUACCCCCGAGAGAUUACUGCUCUGUAUACACCAUACCCCCAAGAGAUUACUCCUCUGUAUACACCAUACCCCCAAGAGAUUACUCCUCUGUAUACACCAUACCCCCAAGAGAUUACUCCUCUGUAUACACCAUACCCCCAAGAGAUCUCUGCUCUGUAUACACCAUACCCCCAAGAGAUCUCUCUUCUCUGUAUAAGGUAUACAAAAAGAUCGCUCCUCUACAGUAUAUGCCAAGCAAUCACCUUGCUUUGUACACAGUGUACUCUGUGUAUACAAUAUCCCCAGUAGAUCCCUGCUUAUUGUUCAGAGUAUCCCUAAAUCACUUUUUUGUGCACAGUAUCCUCGAGAUGACACCUCUAUGCCUAGUAUACCCAAAUGACCCCUGCUCUGUGUACUCUGUUUUCCCAAAGGACCGCAGAUCUGUUAUAUGUACUGUUGUACUCCCCAAUAGAUCACAGCUCUUUCCUGUACAGAUCACUACUUUAUAUCUGUACAGUACCAGAACAGAUCACCACUUACUGCCCACAUGGAUCCCCUCCUUGUAACUCCCCUCUAAUACCCCCCGUACUACCUCCUUCCAGACACCUUUUCUCUUCCUCCUGAUCUCUGGCGUACAUGGUGGACACUACACAUCGGUCUUUCUCUAGACUGGUGAAGGAGGACAUGUCUGUGUCUUAUGACUUAGGGUUGACUCAGAGAGGACGUCCAUCUCAUGUUAAACCUCCCCAAUGUUUGACAGUGAACUGACACCUCAGCUUCCUCUGUGGUAGCACACAAUAAUGAGAUCUUCUGACUAUGCAUUCUUCUAUGGUACAGUGUCUUCCAUGCUGCAGACAGACCUGUGGUAUUAUAGGGUUAACACUAAUUAUCAUUGUAAUAACUGGAUCAUGCACUACCAAUAAACACUCUUUGUAUUUUA